CAAUUCCCACGUCACCCUUGUGUACCGCUGCCGCUUCAGCUUCCCAAGGACGUCCUACACCCAACGCACUCCAUGUUUACCAGCCUGUAGCCCAGAGAGCGCUGGCCGUCCUAGUCUCCUCCGUCUCCGCCUACGGCCCAAACUUGAGCGCCGCACAAUUAACACCAUCCCACUUCCGAGGUCAACGUCCCACUCCAGGCCAACCCCAUGGCCUUCCUCUUCCGGAACAAAGCAAAGAGCAAUGCGGAGCUCGUCAAGUCGACCAAGGAGCUCGUGCUCAAGCUGAGCGAGGAUCAGAAGCUGAAUCCUAAGAUAGAAGAGGAAUUGGCCAAGAACCUGCACCAGAUGAAGACAAUCCUCCAGGGCACGACCGAGAUAGAAGUCAGUCCCGAAUCCGUGCACCAGCUGCUCGCCAUCAUCGUGCAGGAAGACCUUCUGUACCUGCUCGCCAACAAUAUACACAAGUUACUCUUUGAAUCCCGCAAAGACGCUCAGGUGAUCUUUUCAACCGCCUUCCGAUAUAAGGCCCCAGGUGCCACAGAGCCGCAGGUCCUGCACCAUGUCAUACAAUACCGGCCGGAGAUCAUAAUAUCAUUAUGCAGAGGCUACGACAGGCGCGAGAGCGCGAUGCCAUGCGGCGGGGUCCUGCGGGAGGCGCUCAAGUACGACGCGAUUGCUGCGCUGCUGCUGUAUGACGAACCCACGCCAGAUGGAAAGACCAGGGAUCUUGCAAGCGUCAAUCCCGACAUUCCAUCAUCGGGCAAAGGGGUAUUUUGGAGAUUUUUUGAUUGGAUAGACAAAGGCGCUUUUGAGGUCAGCGCCGAUGCAUUCAAUACGUUCCGGGACAUCUUGACCAAACACAAAUCCCUCGUAGCAACCUAUCUGCAAACCAAUUUCGACAUGUUCUUCGAAAAAUACAACACGAUUCUGGUCCAGUCGGAGAGCUACGUCACGAAGCGACAGUCGAUCAAGCUUCUCGGGGAAAUCCUGCUCGACCGGGCCAACUACAAUGUCAUGACGAGAUAUGUGGACUCGGGCGAACAUCUGAAGAUCAUCAUGAAGCUGCUGCGGGACGACAGACGGAUGAUCAACUACGAGGGGUUUCACGUCUUCAAGGUGUUCGUGGCUAACCCCAACAAAUCCGUGGCAGUGCAACGGAUCCUGAUCAGUAACCGGGAGAAGCUGUUGCGGUUCCUGCCGACUUUUUUGGAGGACCGCACCGAGGAUGACCAGUUUAUCGACGAGAAGAGUUUUUUGAUAAGGCAGAUCGAGCAGCUACCGCCUGCGCCCGUCCCACCGCCAACUGCAUCAUGAUAAUGGGGUCACUGGGGGCAUGUGCUUUGUGGUGAUUUUUUGUUUUUCUUCGCACAGCAUCGAAUUGGCGUUUUGGCGGCUUGGUCUAGCAGCAAAGCACUCCACGCACCUGCUCUUCCUGUUUGGGCGCUCUGCUUAGCAGCGCAAUACCUAGGUAGUAGAUGAAGACAUCUAAGUGCGUACAGGAUGGCAGCCGAAGAUCUGACUUGGCGGCGCGCAUCCGAUCGAUCGGUGUAAGCGCAUGGGGAAACGGCCACGCUACGUUGUUGAGCUGGCUAGGUUGUUCUCAGAUAUGGAGAUGGAGGAAGUUUUGAGCCCCUCCCCUUCUCCCGCUUGCAUCAAGAAGAUUAUCGCAGUGCGUGAGGUUGCAGCUAUCAUCAGUACUACUGGGAAUCCC